AUGGAAUGCUUCGUCGCUGGAUGGGGCGUCUACUCGGAGAGGCUUCCAUCACUGCCCCUUCAGACUAGCUUGUCUCUGAGCGACUUUGUCUUCCGUGAAGACAUCGACAAUGAGGAGGUUCCCAUCACUACCCUCGCGCUGCGCUAUUCCGCGCCGGACCAGGUCGGAGUUGUGCACAAAACCAUCCCUGCAUUCGUCUCGCCCGCACUCGCAUCUAUGGAGCUUUCGCGUUUCAGCUUAGAGCACGUUCACUCGCCGAUCACGCUUGAGCACUUUGCACUCAUCUACACACCUGUCAUCCUGCUCGACUUUGUCAUCGCCCACGCACAGGCCCUGUGCGACCCAUCUCUUCUUUCGCGCACACCUUUCUGGCAAUAUCUCACGAAGCUCGCGUUCGCGACAAAGUCGGCGGAUGUCGUCGGCCCACAGUACCUUCGCGAUGCUAUUGAACGUUGA